CACAACUACAGCCCUGGAAACCCUGUCCUGACGUCAGCCUACGCUCUUCACCUGUACUGUAAGCUAGAGACUCGUUAGCAGUGGCAUUAUGGGAAAUGAAGUGAAGGUGUGUGUGUCCUUUUCCACGCAUGUUUAUGGGCUGCUGGUUUACUCUGAAACGCUGCUGUUUCUCUAGGGCUCCUGGAUGGCAGACGUGUGACUCAGCUUGAUGAUGUGAUCAUAGAAACAUGGGCUCACUGCUGUCUGCGUGUGGAAUUAACGUGAAGAAAAAGAAAGUCGAAGAGGAGAGGCGUUUGCGAGCUAAUGACAGAGAAUUCAACCUGUCAUUUAAAUAUGCAAACAAUGCCAUCAAGACCUCCAAGUACAACGUCUUCACCUUCCUCCCUCUCAAUCUGUUUGAGCAGUUUCAAAGACUGGCCAACGCUUACUUCGUCUUUCUUCUCAUCUUACAGCUGAUUCCUCAGAUCUCGUCUCUGUCCUGGUUCACUACUGUGGUUCCUCUGCUGCUGGUGUUGUCUAUAACUCUAGCCAAAGAUCUCUCUGAUGAUAUUACCAGACACAAGAAUGACAAACAAGUCAACAACAGAAAAAUAGAAGUGCUCAUUGAUGGAGAGUUGAAGACUGAAAAAUGGAUGAAUGUUCAAGUGGGUGACAUUGUGAAGCUGGAAAACAAUGAGUUUGUCACAGCUGAUCUGUUGUUGCUGUCUAGCAGUGAACCAUUGAACCUCAUUUACAUUGAGACGGCUGAACUGGAUGGAGAGACAAACCUGAAGGUGAAACAGGCUCUGACGCUCACAGGAGAGCUGAGCAAUGACAUCCAGAGACUGGCAGCAUUCAAGGGAGAGGUGCGUUGCGAGCCUCCAAACAACCGUCUGGAUAAGUUCACAGGGACGCUGGCGGUGGGAGGAGAGACGUUUGCUCUGGACAAUGAGAGGAUUCUGUUGAGAGGAUGUACGCUCAGAAACACAGAGUGGUGCUUCGGCCUGGUGCUGUUUGGAGGUCCAGACACAAAGCUCAUGCAGAACUCUGGCAAAUCUAUCUUUAAGAGGACCAGCAUUGAUCAUCUCAUGAAUGUCCUGGUGUUGUUUAUUUUUGGUUUUCUAGCCUUCAUGUGCACCAUCCUGUCGAUCGGGAACGCCAUCUGGGAAUAUCAAGAAGGCAAUUCCUUCAUUGUUUUCCUGCCCAGGGCUGAUGGGGCAAACGCAUCUCUAUCAGCGUUUCUCACCUUCUGGUCUUACGUCAUCAUCCUCAACACUGUCGUGCCAAUCUCUCUCUAUGUCAGUGUGGAGAUUCUUCGUCUGGGCAACAGCUACUUCAUCGACUGGGACCGUAAAAUGUACCAUGUAAAGAGUGACACCCCAGCGCAGGCCAGAACGACCACGCUGAACGAGGAGCUGGGUCAGAUCAAAUAUAUCUUCUCUGAUAAGACAGGAACAUUGACCCAGAACAUCAUGACCUUCAACAGGUGCUCCAUUAAUGGCAAAUCAUACGGUGAGGUUGUGGACUUUGCCGGGCAGAGGGUUGAAGUCACUGAGAAGACAGAGAGGGUUGAUUUCUCCUGGAAUUUACUUGCCGACCCAAAGUUUUUUUUCCAUGACCACAAGCUGGUGGAAGCAGUGAAGUUGGGUUCUCCGGAGGUCCAUGCCUUCUUCCGUCUGCUGGCGCUGUGCCACACGGUCAUGCCUGAGGAGAAAACGCAGGGAGAGCUCUUUUACCAGGCUCAGUCUCCAGAUGAGGGGGCUCUGGUCACUGCAGCGAGAAAUUUUGGCUUUGUUUUUCGUGCUCGUACCCCAGAGACCAUCUCAGUGGUGGAGAUGGGUAUAGAAACCACCUAUGAGCUGCUGGCAGUGCUGGACUUCAACAAUGUCCGCAAGAGGAUGUCCGUUAUUGUUCGUAAUCCAGAGGGCAAGCUGACACUGUACUGUAAAGGAGCCGACACAAUUAUCUACGAGAGGCUGCAUCCAUCAUGCUCCAAAGUCAUGGAGGUCACCACUGAACAUCUCAACGAAUAUGCUGGAGAGGGUCUGAGGACUCUGGCUCUGGCCUAUAAAGACUUGGAUGAAGACAAGUUUGCGGAAUGGAGACGGCGCCACCAUGAGGCCAGCAUCGCACUGGAGGACCGUGAGGAAAAGCUGGAUGCUGUUUAUGAAGAAAUCGAGAAAGAUUUGUUGCUUAUUGGUGCGUCUGCUGUUGAAGAUAAACUUCAAGAUGGAGUGCCGCAGACCAUUGAGCAGCUCGCCAAAGCUGACAUCAAGAUUUGGGUGUUGACUGGAGACAAGCAGGAGACGGCUGAGAACAUUGGGUAUUCUUGUAAUAUGCUCAGAGAGGAAAUGACUGAAAUCUUCAUAGUGGCUGCCAACACAGCAGAGGAAGUGCGAGAGGAGCUUGUAAAUGCCAGAAAAAAGAUGUCACCAGAAUCAGGGGAUGAGCCACCCAUGGAGAAGAGCAGAUUUCUGGGUAAAAAAUCUCAGGUGGUGGAAGAUGAGAAAGUUGAUGGGGAAUAUGGACUGGUGAUUAACGGCCACAGCCUGGCAUUCGCUUUGCAGAAGGAUAUGCAGGUGGAGCUGUUGCGGACGGCGUGUAUGUGCCAAACGGUCAUCUGCUGCAGGGUUACUCCUCUACAGAAAGCUCAAGUGGUGGAACUAGUCAAGAAACAUAAGAAAGCUGUGACUCUCGCUAUUGGAGAUGGAGCCAAUGAUGUCAGCAUGAUCAAAUCUGCCCACAUUGGUGUUGGCAUUAGCGGGCAGGAGGGCAUGCAGGCUGUUUUGUCCAGUGACUUCUCCUUCGCCCAGUUUCGUUACCUCCAGCGCCUCCUGUUGGUUCACGGCCGCUGGUCAUAUCUGCGCAUGUGCACGUUUCUCCGCUACUUCUUCUACAAGAACUUCACCUUCACCUUUGUCCACUUCUGGUACGCCUUCUUCUGUGGCUUCUCUGCACAGACUGUCUAUGAUGAGUGGUACAUCACACUCUAUAACCUGGUGUAUACGGCAUUACCAGUCCUUGGCAUUAGUCUCUUUGAUCAGGAUGUGAACGACCGCUGGAGUUUCCAGUAUCCUCAGUUGUACGCACCGGGUCAGAUGAACCAGUAUUUCAGUAAGAUGGCCUUUGCUAAGAUCCUGCUGCACAGCUGCUACAGUUCACUCAUCCUCUUCUUCGUCCCAUGGGCUGCCUUGUGGGACACCGUCAGAGAUGAUGGGAAAGACAUUGCGGAUUAUCAGUCCUUCGCCCUGCUGGCACAGACCUGCCUGCUCAUCGCCGUUAGUGUGCAGCUGGGUUUGGACACGUACUACUGGACGGCAGUGAAUCAUUUCUUCCUGUGGGGAAGUCUGUCUGUGUAUUUUGCCGUCACCUUCACCAUGUACAGCAACGGCAUGUACUUGAUCUUCACCUCUUCUUUUCCUUUCAUUGGCACUGCAAGAAACUCCCUAAACCAGCCGAAUGUGUGGCUCACCAUCUUCCUGACCACCAUAUUGUGUGUUCUGCCCGUGGUGGCCAAACGCUUCCUCUUCAUACAAUUCAAGCCCACCAUCAACGACAAGGUGCGUCAUAAGGUCAAACAGGCUAAAGCUGAGCCUCCGCCGCCGCCUCGUAGAUUCCCUCGCAGGAGAAUCAGCACACGGCGAUCUGGUUAUGCUUUCUCUCACGCCCGCGGUUAUGGAGACCUGGUCACCUCUGGACGCUUCCUGCGGAUCCCGGUUAAAAGCAGACCGGCUCUUUUCCCUAAAAAUGAGUCUCCGGUGGCCGACAGCACACCUCAGACAUACAGAAGCAUCUUCGAGGAGACGCAGAACCCAUAAACCACCAACAAGACAAGCUGGAUUUCACCUCCACCACUGGUGUUAUUUAAAGAAGUGUUUGCUGAGAUAUUCUUAGCGGGGGUUAAAAAUAUUUCACAGAUGAGUAAGUGAGAUUGUAAAGCUGUGAGAAACGGGUUUUAGCUGUGAGCGGUUGAUGAAAAUCAUGUCAUCAGAGACUUGAGGAUUCUGAACGUUAUAUUAACAUCUACACACAAACAAUCGGUCCAUGUUAAGAGCAAAGGAUGUAAUUCAUGUGGUUGAAAGAAUAAGUUUUUUUUUUCAGAUAUUUUUAUUUUCUGUUAGUCUGCCCACACAAAGAUGCCUAGAGAUAAAAUGAGAUUAUUACAUAAAGGGUGCAUUAAAGCAGAUUUUAAUUGUGUUUGACAGUUUUAUAUGCAAAUG